ACGGAAGUGACGUAGCGGAAGCGAAGCGGCCGCCAUAGCAACGGCGGGAUGAACGCGCCUCCGGCCUUCGAGUCUUUCCUGCUCUUCGAGGGCGAGAAAAAGAUCACCAUCAACAAGGACACCAAGGUGCCCAACGCCUGCCUGUUCACCAUCAACAAGGAGGACCACACGCUCGGCAACAUCAUCAAGUCGCAGCUGCUCAAAGACCCGCAGGUGCUGUUUGCAGGGUACAAGGUCCCACACCCUCUGGAACAUAAAAUCAUCAUCCGUGUCCAAACCACGCCAGAUUACAGCCCCCAGGAGGCUUUCACCAAUGCCAUCACAGACCUGAUCAGUGAGCUCUCCCUCCUGGAGGAGAGGUUCAGGGUCGCAAUUAAGGACAAACAAGAAGGAAUUGAGUAAAAUGGAGCAGACUGUUACUUCUGAGGCAGAAUGACGUGUCUGUUACUGGAUGAAAUAUUUAAACCUCCACUCAUGGCAAAUAUUUUACCCCUUUGUCCCACUUCUGUUUUAUUUUUGACAGCAAUAUUUUUAAUUUUUUUUUUCAUAGCCAACAGGCACUUUGCCAAGAGGAUAAAUGUCAUGUUGGAUUUGGUGGAUAAGUCAUUAAAGUGAUUUUUAGUUUUCUAAUUGGAGCCUUAAGGCAAAUAUUUGUCCUGGGCUGCUGGGGAGGUUGCUGUGGGUAGGAUUCCAGCAUGAGAAGCUGCUCAGUGACAGCUGGACAUGAACUCUCUGCUUUUCCUGCCAAAAAAUCCAGGCACUGCCAGCUGAACUGGUAUUUUGUUUUAUUAAGUGUCAUUUCUAUAAAACAAAUGCACAAAUUGUGAAAACUUACAGUAAAAGGAACCGGAUGUUUACAAUGA